CUGCAUCCCAGCAGCAGCAGCACUUCUCUGGCUCAAGUGCACUUCUCUGGCUCUUCUGUGGCUCACACAGUGGUGGCUUCUUUCACAUGUCAUUUGGCCUCACUCACACCUGAGUCUGCUGCUGCUGAUGAUGAUGCCCCUCUCUCAAUGUGGAUUAUGGUGAUGACGGUGACUAACGCUGCAUGUGAAUGGCCCUGCGAUGAAAAGAAGUCACUUUGCACAUCCUUACCAGUGCCUUGCGAGGUGUGAACAGAGAGAGCUUUGAGUCACUGUCUGACAACGUGCUUCAUUAACAUAUGUCAACUUGGCCAAUAUACAUAGGCUUCGUACUUAUAGCGGCCAGCAGCGCGCACUCAGCUAUUAGCCCAGAGCUCUGGAGAAGGUCACUACAUGCCGAAACUGAUCUGACCCGGACACUUGUUUCACCAACGUUCUUUUUUGGGAUCUUUGGAUUUGUGUGUCACCCGCCUUAGAUCAAUUGCGCACAUGGCUCCUCUGGCCGACGUGGGCACCUUCCUCGGUGGGUAUGAUGCCCUUGGGCAGGUGGGCUCCCACUUCUUGCUGCCGCCCGCCAAGGACAGCCCCCUGCUCUUCAACGACCCACUGGCUCAGUCGGAGCGACUUUCCCGCAGCGCCCCCUCCGACCUCUCCCAUCUCCAGGGAAUCUUGCGCCGCCGCCAGCUCUAUUGUAGGACCGGCUUCCACCUGCAGAUACUGCCGGACGGGAACGUGCAGGGCACUCGGCAGGAUCACAGCCGAUUCGGUAUCCUAGAAUUUAUCAGUGUUGCUAUUGGCCUGGUUAGCAUUCGAGGGGUCGACACCGGCCUUUACCUUGGGAUGAAUGAUAAAGGAGAACUUUUCGGAUCGGAAAAACUGACGUCCGAGUGCAUUUUUCGGGAACAGUUUGAGGAGAACUGGUACAACACCUAUUCAUCAAAUCUAUAUAAACACGGAGACUCUGGACGGCGAUACUUUGUAGCACUUAACAAAGAUGGGACCCCUAGAGAUGGCACCAGAGCUAAGAGACAUCAGAAGUUCACACAUUUUUUGCCCAGACCUGUCGAUCCUGAAAAAGUUCCUGAACUCUAUAAAGAUCUCAUGGGAUACAGCUGAAGCAGCACCUGGCCUCUAGAGGGAUGUACAAGAAACCUUGGCUUUUCACAAAGAAAGGAGAGAAACAGUGCCUUGAAAGAGUCAUGGACUUCUCGGAAAACCACAAAGAUGGUGGUUGCAGAAUAAUCCUGGCAACAGCAAAUGUCUCUUAGGCAGUGGAUGAAGAUGCUCCAGAUAGUGGAGAAAGGAGCAAGAAGACUGAUCACAUUGAGGCUCAUGUGUGCAACACUGUAGCCUAAGAGUCCAUCUGAUAUAUCAAUUUUAGAACUCUAAAGAAACCUGAGGAAAAAAAGAGCUUAGGCCAAAGACAAACCAAACCAAGUGCUUGUGCAUCAUGUCACUUGCAAGGUUGUCUGAGAAUGUUACGUGAAAGAACAUUCUUUAUAUUUUCAUAAAAAAGUAAUAUUGCCGUUUGGAUCCCGUGGACUUAAUCAUAUUUAUUUUUUUAUACUUAUUUAUUUAAAAAAAACGAUAUUUUUUAUGUUUAUGUCACUAGAACAUGUGUGUAGCUAUUCUGUCAUGGGUAAUGUUGAACCCCACUCCUAAUUUUAACCAUAUAAUACAGAUGCCUCGAAAUUUCGGUAUCUGCCUUGGAAAAGAAUGAUGCAGGAUGUUUAAUGAAAAUAUCUUUUUGCCCCACCAAUACCCAAGUCAUGUUAUUGAUGUGUAUGGAUGCCUUAAAGUUUUGCCCAUUGAGCAGGAAAUUAAACAAAACACGUGAUGAAAUUAAA